AUGGGCGGCUACACGCCAGAGGGCGGCGGCGGCCGUGCCGCCCGCCCCGGACGGUACCCUCCCCUCGCCUCCCUCGUCGUCUCCACCAUCGCCGCCUUCUCCGCCGUCAUCGUCAUCGCCGUCCUCCACUCGGCGUACGACGACGCGCUGUCCCGGACGCGGACGCUGCUGGGGCACAACCUGGAGCCGACGCCGUGGCACCCGUUCCCGCACGACAAGGGCCGCCCGCCGCCGCACGCCGCGCUGCGGUGCGCCUCCUACCUCUCCUGCCUGCCGCCGCUCUCGCAGCCGAAGCCGGCGGCGGCGGUGGCGGCCAACGCGUCGAGGCCGCGGCGGUGCCCGUCCUACUUCGCCGCCAUCCGCCGCGACCUGGCGCCCUGGCGGCGCCGCGACGGCGGCGGCGGCGGCAUCACGCGCGCGCUCGUCGAGUCGGGCCGCCACCGCGCGUCCAUGCGCGUCACCAUCACGGGCGGCGGGACGCGGCUGCACGUGGACCUCUACUACGCCUGCGUCCAGAGCCGCGCGCUCUUCACGGUGUGGAGCCUGCUGCAGCUCAUGCGGCGCUACCCCGGCCGCGUCCCGGACGUGGACCUCAUGCUCGACUGCAUGGACCGGCCGGCCAUCAACCGCACCGAGCACACCGGCGAGGGCGCGCCGCCGCCGCCUCCUCUGUUCCGGUACUGCACCACCCGCGACCACUUUGACAUCCCGUUCCCGGACUGGUCCUUCUGGGGCUGGCCGGAGACGCACAUCGAGCCGUGGACCCGGGAGUUCAGGAGCGUCAAGCAGGGCUCCAGGCGGGUGCGCUGGCCGGACAGGGUGCCCACGGCGUACUGGAAGGGCAACCCCGACGUGGCGUCGCCCCUCCGCCUCGCGCUGCUCGCCUGCAACGACACCAACCUGUGGCGAGCCGAGAUCAUGCGCCAAAACUGGGAGGAGGAGGCCAAGUCCGGGUACCAGAACUCCAAGCUCUCCAGCCAGUGCACGCACCGGUACAAGAUCUACGCGGAGGGGUUCGCGUGGUCGGUGAGCCUCAAGUACAUCCUGUCGUGCGGGUCCAUGGCGCUGCUGAUCGACCCGCUGUACCAGGACUUCUUCAGCCGGGGGCUGGAGCCGCGGGUGAACCACUGGCCGGUGAGCACGGUGGGGAUGUGCGAGUCCAUCCGGGACGCCGUGGAGUGGGGCAACGCGCACCCGGAGGAGGCGGAGCGGGUCGGGAAGCGCGGGCAGCGGCUCAUGCAGGAGCUGGGCAUGGACACCGUCUACGACUACAUGCUGCACCUGCUCACCGAGUACGCCGCGCUGCUCGACUUCCGGCCGGCGCCGCCGCACUCGUCCCAAGAGGCCUGCGCCGGCUCCGUGCUCUGCCUCGCCGACGACCACCAGAGGAGGUUCCUGGAGGCGUCCGCCGCGUACCCCGCCACCGCCGGGCCGUGCUCCAUGCCGCCGUCCGACGGCUGA